AUGACUUCACAUUACGAGAAAGAAGAUCCCUCGACUAGUCUGGGUGAAAAGCCCAGUGCCGUCGAGGGAGAUCAUGUCAUCGGAUCCUCGCUCGAUGGAGACAUGAUCGAGCUGGACGAGGCGACCAACAAACGUCUCCUACGAAAGAUUGACUGGCGGCUAAUGCCCGUGCUUUGUUUCACCUACGCCCUACAAUACUACGACAAGGCCAUCCUCAGCCAAGCCGCCAUCUUUGGACUCCGAGAUGACCUUAACCUCAACACGGGUCUCAAAUACUCCUGGGUAUCCCUGAUCUUUUACUUUGGCUACAUCGUCGGUACAUAUCCCAUCUCGUUCCUUGCCCAACGUUUCCCGAGCCGGAUAGUCUGCACGGGGAUCUGCAUCGCCUGGUCUUUUGUCAUUCUCUGCACCCCAGCGUGUACCUCCUACGCCGGUCUCCUCGUGAAUCGAUUCUUCCUGGGACUCAUCGAGGCUGGUGUCUCUCCGAUAUUUAUGCUUGUUGUUGGACUGUGGUACACCCACGCUGAACAAGUCUCCCGCUCUAGUUGGUGGUACUCAUUCAGUGGUGGCUCCCUUCUAGUCUCGCCUCUCAUCAACUAUGGCCUGGGCCACAUCAAAGGCGGUUCUCUCAACUCAUGGCAGUACAUGUACAUCAUCGCCGGCAUCGCUACCCUUCUCUGGGGUGUUGCCCUGUGGUGGGUAUUCCCGGACAGUCCCCAAGACGCCAAGGGCUUCACCGAAACGGAACGUCGUCUCCUACUCGAACGUGUCCGAGGAAACAACGCCGGCUCCGAAAACAGACAGUUCAAGCCAUACCAGUUUAAGGAAGCCCUUUUCGACUACCAGCUAUGGGGUAUCAUAAUUCUGUCCAUCGUCUCAUGCACAGGCUCUGGAGCAGUGACCACCUUUGGAACCAUCGUGUUCAAAGACAUGGGCUUCGACGUCUUUACCUCGCUACUCCUCAACUUGCCCAUCGGUGCCAUGGCUUUUAUCUGCGUUCUCGGAUCGGGCUACAUUGGACAAAAGGUUCCCAACUCGCGUUUGUACGUGGUUGCGGGUGCCUGUGCGCCUGUAAUUCUCGGCUGUGCUCUGCUAUGGAAACUGCCUGACACCGCACUGGCCGGGCGAAUUGUGGGAUUCUACCUUAUCAGCUUCUUUUCGUCCGCUUGGGUCCAAUGCAUUGGUCUGGGCACAUCCAACGUCGCCGGCCACACCAAAAAGGCCGUCUACGCCGCUGGUACAUUCAUCGGAUACUCUCUCGGAAACAUCGUGGGACCGUUGAUGUUUGAUGCCAAAUACGCCCCCCGAUACGAUGAAAGCUUUAUUGGCAUCAUGAUCUGCUUUGCCAUCUGUCUGAUAUCCGCCCAAGUCGUCUGUAGUCUUGCCAUGAUACAGCAAAAGAGCAAUGUCCCACCCCCUGAGGGCGUCACAGUGCCUCACCACGACCCAUCCUCCAUCACCAUCACCGAUGACGAUCAAGACUACCCAGAAGGCGGUACUCGAGCAUGGCUCGUAGUCAUAGGCGCCUGGUGCGCCAUGAUACCCUCAAUGGGUCUCCUCAACACCCUAGCAGUGCUGCAGGCCUGGGUCUUGGAGAAUGAGCUGUCUCACCUCCCAGAGUCUACCGUAGGAUGGAUCUUUGGAUGUUAUGGCUUCUUUUUGUAUUUCUGUGGUGCUCAAGUCGGUCCAAUCAUCGAUGCCCACGACAUCAAGUUUGUUAUCAUCCCUGGCUCCAUCGAAUUCUAUCAGUUCCUCCUUUCCUUCGGUGUUCUCGGCGGCAUGUCUGCCUCCCUCCUCUUUAAUCCUAGUCUCGCAGCAGUAGGACACUGGUUCUACAAACGCCGUGCCUUUGCCACUGGCUUGGCAUGUACCGCAGGAGGUAUAGGAGGAGUAGCUUUCCCGCUAGUCAUCUUAUAUCUCAGCCCAAAGAUCGGGUUCCCUUGGGCGAUCCGAGUCAUCGCCCUGAUCAACGCCGUGUCAGGGAUUGUGGCAUGCUGUCUUCUCCGCAAACGACUACCACCGAACAAAAAGGCAGGCGCAUCGAUCGACCUGAAAGCACUGUCAGACCUGAAGUACGCGGCAACAACCGUGGCCAUCUUUCUAAUCGAGUUUGCCGUGUUUAUACCCUACUCGUACAUCUCGGCGUACGCCCUUCAUUAUGGGUUCGAUUCACAGAAUGCAUACAUGCUAAACACCCUGCUUAACGUGGGCGCUGUUCCCGGCCGCGCCUUGCCGGGGUACGUGGCAGACCGUUUCGGCACGUUCAACACCAUGUGUAUAACGGCUUUCAUAUGCGCAGCCUUUAUCCUGACACUGUGGCUAACUGCCGACGGCGAAGAAGUCAGAACAACAUCCUUCACCAUCCUCUUCGGCUUCUGGUCCGGAGCAGCCAUCAGCCUCACGCCAGUCUGCGUCAGCCAGGUCUGCAAGAUCGAAGACUACGGAAAAAGGAACGGAACAGCUUUUUUCAUCGCCAGCUUCGGCGCUUUGACGGGGAUACCUAUAGCAGGGGCCAUAUUGGAAGCCAACAAUGGUUCGUAUUGGGGGCUCAUAGUUUUUGCGGGGGUUCUGUACACGGCGGCGUUUGCAGCCUUUGUCUUUGCCAGAGGUGUUGCUGGAGGGUGGAACUUGAGGACUGUAUUCUAG